AUGUACUUUACCAACCCAGUUGCCGGCUUCCUCACGACUCUCCUCGCGUUCUUCGCCGUCCUGGCCCUCAUUCAUAUCGCCCUGAUCACCGUCUACCUCAUCCAUACCUUCUUCAACUCCCCGAUCCGCCAUAUACCAGGGCCUCGCUACACCCUCAUAACCCACUACCCUCUGAAAUACCAUGUCCUAACCGGCCGCCGUAUGUACCACAUCCACGACCUCCACGCUCGUUACGGUCCGGUGGUACGCAUCUCUCCUUCCGACGUCUCCGUCUCCUCGCCCGAAGGCUUUGCCGCGAUCCACCGCAUCGGCAGCGGCUUCCUGAAGUCGUCAUGGUACGAAGACUCGACGCACCCUGAUGGCGGCGAGUCCAGCAUCUUCGCCAUGUCCGAUCCCCGACAGCACUCCCAGCGCCGCCGACUCCUUGCUCGGGUAUUCACGCGGCAAUCUUUGAGAAAAGAUUGGGAGGUCGUUGUCAGAGAGAAGGUGGAACGGGCUGUCGGACGGAUACAUGACGAGGCGAAGGCAGGGGGCUGCUCGGAUGUGUUGAAGUGGUGGACCAUGAUGACGACGGACACGAUUGCUCAUCUGGCGUUUGGAGAGUCCUUCAACAUGCUAGAGUUGGGACAGAAAAACGACUAUGUGAAAGCUCUCGAACUCGUCUCGAUCCAGAACACCAUGCGCUACGAGCUUCCACUCCUCUACUUUAUUCAGUCCAUCAACCCAUUCAAAUUCUCCAGAGGACCCCCGAACGCGCGGAAGGUGCUCACACAAUACGGAAAGCAGGCUGUGGCCAACGCACGCAAGAACCACAACGAUAGACCCAACCUCUUCAAGCGCAUUAUCGACGAGAUGGAGGCCGGAGAAAAGGAGUGGCUGUCGGAAGAAGUCAUCGAGGCGGAGGCCAAGAGCAUGAUCAUAGGCGGCUCAGACACUACCUCAGUCACUCUGACAUACCUGACAUGGGCGGUGCUGAAACGGCCGGAACUACGGACAAGGUUGGAAGAGGAGGUAGAGGCUCUGCAACCUGACUUCGACGAUGCUGAAUUGGAGAAGCUUCCGCUUCUGAAUGCCGUGAUUGAUGAGACCUUGAGGUUGUAUGGCGCCGUGUCGGGUCAGCUCUCUCGCGUCGUCCCGCCUAAAGGUGUGACAAUUGGCGGGUACUACAUCCCCAACGACUAUAACGUCGAGACGCAGGCAUACACGCUUCACCGAGACCCAGACGUGUGGCCUGAUCCCCACCGCUUCGACGAGACGCGGUUCAUGGAUCCAAGUAAGCUCACGCCGCAGCAGAAGCUGAUGUUCUCGCCUUUCGGGGCGGGUUCACGGAUAUGUCUGGGCAUCGAGCUGGCGCGGAUGGAGCUCCGGCUGGGUACCGCCGUGCUCUUCCGAAAGUGCAAGGGUCUCAAGAUCGCGCCUGGAACCACCGAUGAGACGAUGGAGAUGGAGAACUUCUUUUCCAGUCCUUCACCAGCCAUGGCCGCGUACGAUUCCGAUCGACGGUCCCAGUCCAUCGGGCCCGCCGGACAUGGCGACGUCGUCCGGGACGUCGAGAAGUCCGGCGCCGACGACCAUCAUGACGACAAGGCCGCGAUCCUGGAGCCCCAGCUCGGCGUUGGUGGUCACGGCCGCACGCAGCGUCAUCUGAGGGAUUACCAGGUCACCAUGAUCGGUUUCUGCUCUGGUAUCGGAACGGGUUUGUUCAUCGGAACGGGCUCCGCCUACGCGAAGGCCGGUCCUGCCGGUUUGCUUCUCGCGUACAUUGUCGUCGGAAUGGUUCUUUGGUGUGUCAUGCAGAGCAUUGGAGAGUUGGCGACUCUGAUCCCGACUGCCGGAUCCUUCCCUCACUGGGCCACCCGCUUCAUCGACCCCGCCGUCGGUUUCUCCCUCGCCAUCUCGUACGGAUAUUGUUACACGAUAGCAAUCGCCUCCGAGGCGUCAGCAGCAGCGAUCCUCGUCGGGUACUGGACUGACAUCACACCUGCGGUCGUCAUCUCCGUGUCUCUGGUUCUCAUCCUCGUCUGCAACUUGCUCAGCGUGAGGUGGUACGGCGAGACCGAGGUCGCCGGUGGAACCAUCAAAGUCCUCUGCUUCAUCGGCCUCGUCUUCACGUCCAUCAUCAUCACCGCCGGAGGCGGCCCCAACCACGAGGCCAUCGGGUUCCGGUACUGGAACAACCCCGGCGCGUGGGUUGAGUACAACGGCAUCAGCGGAUCGACCGGCCACUUCCUGGGCUUCCUCGCGGCUUUCGUCAACGCCUCCUUCUCCUUCAUCGGUGUCGAAACCGUCGUCAUCUCAGCCGCCGAGUCCGUCAACCCCCACAAGGCCAUCCCCAACGCCGCCCGCCGCGUCACCUACCGCAUCGGCCUCUUCUACAUCCUCGGCGCCCUCCUCAUCAGCCUGAUCGUCGACCCCCGCGAAGCCGGCCUGGUCUCCGGCUCCGGCAACGCCAACAGCUCGCCCUGGGUCAUCGCCAUCCGCCAAGCCGGCAUCAACAUCCUCCCCUCCAUCGUCAACGCCUGCAUCCUGGUCUCCGCCUGGUCCGCCGGCAACUCGUACUGCUGGGUCGGCUCCCGCAUGAUCGUGGCCAUGACCACGGACCGCCAGCUGCCGCAGAUCUUCGGCCGCACCACCAAGAACGGCGUGCCCUACGUCGCCGUCAUCACCGCGUGGCUCUUCGGCCCCCUGGCCUACUUGAGUCUCGGUUCGGGCGGCGCCGCGGAUGCCUUCAACUGGCUUCUGAGCCUGAGCACGGUCGCCGGCCUCAUCGCGUGGGCGACCCUCUGCUUCUGCUACAUCCGCUUCCACCGCGCCAUGAAGGUCCAGGGCGUCAGCAGAGACACCCUUCCCUGGAAGGCGCCCUUCCAGCCGUACGCGGCCUGGUUCGGCUUCGUGGGUUCGACCAUCAUCACCUUCAUCGCCGGCUUCUCCGUGUUCCUCGCGGGCAACUGGUCGACCGCCGACUUCAUCUCGUCGUACAUCGGUAUCCCCAUCUUCAUCGUGCCGAUCAUCGGCUGGAAGCUUUACCACCGCACAAAGUUUGUCCGCGCCCACGAGAUCGACCUGUGGUCUGGCCGUCUUCACGAGUCCGAGUAUGUGCCCGAGAAGCCCAAGCCGGAGAACUUCCGCCAGCGCUGCGACGAGGCGAAGCCCUCGUGUCAGAGAUGCGUCAAGUGGAAGGGCUUUUGCACGGGUUACGAGACCUCUUCAAGCGAUUCACCGGCCUCCACCCCGACGCCGGACGCCGAUUAUAACUGCGAUGCGAUGACCGAAGGUCAAACCGUGGGCGGGGACGCCAGCGAGGAGCGGCCGGCCGAAGACGUCAGCUUGCUCCUCGAGCCGCCGACGACCACCCCCUCCCAAGACGGCAUCGAACGCCAAUACUUCAACCACUGGCUCGCCCACCGCACCCGCCUCGGCGGCGGCCUCUUCGACGAGCGCCUCUGGGACGACACGAUCCCCCAGCUGAGCCGCCAGCACGCCUCGGUCCGGUACGCCGUCGCGGCCGCCGGCGCCAUCGCCAAGGCCCUCAACAACAGCAUGCGACCGACGCACCCCGCCCGGAUGGGCGCCAACGGCCCGCACUACGGCGCCGCGCUGUCGUACUACGGCCGCGCCAUCCGCGAGGUCCGCAGCUCCCGCCAGAUGGACACCGGCAGCCUCCGCGCCGCCAUCGUCUGCUGCCUCCUCUUCGUCUCCUUCGAGGUGCUCCACGGGGACCGCCGGGCGGCGUUCUCGCACAUCAAUAACGGGCAGCGGAUGAUGGACGAGCUGCUGCGCGUGUGCGACGGGGGUGGUCCCGCGCAGCAGGAGGAGGAGGGCGGGAGGGGGAAUGUGAUCGGGGCCGAGGCCGUCGAGAUCGACGUCCUUCAUGUUUUCCAGCGGCUCAUUCAACAGUCCUGGUCCUGCGGUGUCCUCCGGCGACGACGGCAGCAGACGUCCUGCGGUUCUGAUGGCGAUGAUGCGCGGACCGCCGACGAGCCGUGGUGUUGCCGAGGGGGUUCCGGUAGGAAGUGCGUCGUCGACAAGAUGCCCCCGUCGUUCGCGACGCUCCAGGAAGCCCGUCGGUGGUGGGACGUCACGCAGCACUUCGUCAUCCACUCCUCCGACAUCGUCUGCAGAAUCACCCAUCUCGGCCUCGGCGACGACUUCCUCUCCGAGUGCAACGAGCGCGUCCGGAAACACAUGGACGCCGUCGAGAAGGCCGGAGCGGGCGCCAAACCGUCGGCGACAACCUCGGAGCAAUGGCGGGACUUUAAAGACGUCCUUGACCGGUGGCGCGGCGGCUUCGAACCCCUUUGGGAAGCAGCCGCGAAGUCAAGACACGAAGACGAAAAGGCGUACGCGCAGGCGGCGCUCCUACGCGCGCACUACCUCGCCAUGCACGGCUGCGUCCACGCGCCCCUGGGCUGCGACUAUGAGAGCGUCGCGCGGCUGACGCCGACGUACCGCGAGGUCGUCGAGCUCUGCGGGUACCUCCUCACGUACCAGCGGCGGUCCUUCGAGGGGGGGUACAACAACGGCGAGGAGGUGUUCACCAUGGACAUCGGCCCGACGUGGCCUCUCCUUCUCGCGGGCACGCGGUGUCGGGACCCCGGGGUGCGGGACGAGGCGAUCCGGCUACUCCGCGAGAAUCCGAGGCGCGACGGGCUGUGGGAUAGUCGGAUGUUCUACGCGCUGACGGCUCGGAAUCGGGUGCUCGAGGCGUCCAACGCGCAGGAGGGCGGUCUUGAAGAGCAGUGGUGGCGGCUGCAGCAUCGGUCUGCGUACGUCGACGAGCAGGGCCGGUUGAUGGCGCGGGGUUUGGAGAAGAAUACGUUGACGGAGACGUGGGAGUUUUCCGAGGACGAUCUGAGCCGUUUCCUGUUUGACUGA